CCAAUGGCCGUUACAACGCAAAGGCGAUAAAACGCGGUAGAAAUUUUUCUUUCCAAUUCCGUGAUAUAUACUAUCAAAAUAGAGAUUUUAAGUAGAUUUUUGGAUAUAAACUUUUUUUAACGGAAUGCCUGUUAAAGAAAGUCUUGAUUUCUCAGUCCUACUGUUUAAAGGAGGUUGUUUUACGGAAGGAAGAAUUAAAUUCACUUUGGAAGAUAUAACCAUAAAAGAAAAAGAUGAAUCUGAAACAAACUCUGUAAAGUACGAGGAUAUAGAUGGCAUGUUCUGGUUCAGCAGAAGCCGUGGUCAUUGCUUGAGGAUUAGAUUAAUUGAUGAACGGUGUAUUUUGCUUGACGGAUUUCAUUCAUCCGAUCAUGAUAAAUUAUCCGCCUUUCUCGACAAACAUCAUGGAAUAGAGUUACAAAAACAGUUUAGAUCAUUCAAAGGAUGGAACUGGGGAAGCACAAACUUCCGAGGGAAUACAAUGGAAUUUAACGUCGAAAGUAAAUUAGCUUUCGAAAUACCAUUGAAUGAAGUGUCCCGGUGUACAACUAGUAAAAAUGAAGUUACUCUAAGUUUUCAUCAACAUGAAGAAGCACCAAUAACUUUAACAGAAAUGAGAUUUCAUAUACCGACUGAACAAAAGGUCGAUGAAGGAGAUCCUGUUGAGAAUUUCUAUGACAAAGUAAUGAAUAAAGCUGACACAAUUCAAGCUACUGGUGAUGCUAUAGCAAGAUUUGACGAAGUAUCAUGUUUAACCCCCAGAGGUCGUUAUGAUAUUAAAAUGUAUGCAUCAUUUUUACAACUGCACGGAAAAACUUUCGAUUAUAAAAUUCCAUACAAUGACAUCCUGCGACUUUUUUCACUACCACACAAAGAUAGGAAAUCUGAAUACUUUGUCCUUCAUGUAGAUCCGCCAAUAAAACAAGGCCAAACGCGAUACCAUUUUCUUAUUUGUACAUUUGACCGUUACGAAGAUGAUAGUGAGAUUGAAAUUGAUUUAUCAGAGAAAGACUUAAAAAGAUACGAAGGAAAAUUGGAGAAAAAAAUGACGGGUCAACCGAUUGAUUUGAUUAGUAGUGUUAUGACAGCUUUAACAAGGAAAAAAAUUUCAGUUCCUGGCUCUUUCACUGCUUUCAGUAAAGCUAAAUGUGUUAGCUGCUCGCAUAAAGCGUCAACUGGAUUUCUAUAUCCUUUGGAAAAGGGUUUCAUAUUCGUUCACAAACCACCUGUUUAUAUACGGUUCGAUGAAUUGUCGCAUGUCAAUUUUAGUAGGUCAAUGACCAGUACAAGAAGCUUUGAUUUAGAAGUUGAAACAAGACAAAAUCAGACUUUUACAUUUAGCAGCAUUGAAAAAGACGAAUACGGAAAAAUGCAAGAGUUCUUGAAAAAGAAGAAUAUUAAAUUAAAGAGUACAGGCCAAGCGGACGUGAAAAGUACAGAGGCACGUAAGCACGAUGCCUACUUGGAAAUGAUGAAAAAAGAAGGAUUGGCAAAAGAUGAUGACGAUGACGAAUCCAACGAAGAAAGUGACGAAGAUUUCGUUGCUGAGGGUAGCGGAAGCGACGUUGCUGAAGAAUUUGAUUCUGAUCAUGAGACAUCUGAGAGUGAUGCUGAAAGUGGAGAUGACUCCCCAAGUAAGAAAGAAAAGCCCGUUGUAGAGAAAAAACCAGAAGUAAAACCACAAAAAAAAGAAAAAAAGCCAAAACCAGUGAAAGAAAAGCAGUCGAAAAAAGAAAAAGGAAAGGGAAAGAAAAAAGAUAAAAAUGCGCCAAAGAGGCCUCUAUCCGCUUAUUUCAUUUGGUUGGGUGAGAAUAGAGAAAAAAUUAAACGGGAAAAUCCAGGAAUUGCUUUUACUGAAGUUACUAAGAAGGGUUCGGAAAUGUGGAAUAGCUUGAGCGAUAAAACAAAAUGGAAUAAGGCUGCUGAGAAAGCGAAAGCUAAGUAUGCAGAAGAAAUGGAAGAGUAUAAACGAAAAUUGAAAACAGGGGAAAUCCAAUCGUCAGAACCUGUGAAAGGCAGUCCGAAGAAGAGUAGAGCUAAAAAAGUGGUUUCUCCAUCUAAAGCAUCGGGAGGGGGUACAGGUUCAGGAUACAAGAGUAAAGAAUUUAUUGAAGAAUCAUCAUCUAGUUCGGAAGAAGAGAGUCCGCCAAAGAAAGCAAGAAAGGAAGAGCCUGAAUCAUCAUCUGAAGAUGACAGUGAAGAUUCUAGAAGUGAUUCUGAAUCUGAAGAUUACAGCGAUUAGUUUUGCAAAAUUGAUGUUUCUUUUAUCGACCUUGUAAUUAUUCAUGUCUUGUUCGAUCGAAUAAACGUAAAAUUUAUAUAAAAAUGUUUGCCUAUAAAAACUUUAUACUUUUGAUUUUCAUACCAUGUUCCUCAUAGUAAGGAUUGUUUACAGUCAAAUAAACGCAAGGAUUUAUAAGGUAAAGUAUCCUUUUACU